AUGUCUUUUGAGAGGGAAAAACUUGCAAUUGAAAAGGCAAGUAGGGAAGAAAAACUUAAGAUUGAGAGGGAAAGAAUGAUUAUUGAGAAGAAAAAAUGUGAGCAAGAAGAAAGGUUAGAGGAAGAGAGAAUCAUGAUGAUAGAUACAAGUGGCUUAACCGGAGCACAAAAAGCUUUUUAUGAACAACUCCAAGAAAAAAUCAUGGCAAAACGAAGAUCAUUGGUUUAUGUAUUUUAUAGUGGCUUAUGUCACUUGAUGAAUUAUCUUAAACUAUAUGUUGCAUCCAUGAAUCACUUUGUGAUUCGCAAGUUCCUUCUUGAUGACUCAGAUGAAAAUGAGAUAAUCGAAGAACUUGUUAUGGAAGCAUCACAACCUAAGCGUCGUCGUCGUUCUAUCCAACGUAAUCAUUUGGUAGGCCAUGAGAGGCUUUUUCUUGAUUAUUUUGCUUCCACACCAAUAUAUCCACCUACUUUAUUUCAUAGGAGAUUUCGAAUGAAGCGUUCUCUUUUUCUUCGUAUUCAAUCUCAAGUUGAAGCUCAUGACUCUUAUUUUGUCCAAAAAAGAAAUAGUGCUAACAAACUUGGUUUAUCUUCAUUGCAAAAGAUAACUGCUGCACUUAGAAUGCUUGCGUAUGGAGUAUCGGGUGAUUUGAUAGAUGAAUAUGUGCGGAUUGGAGAAACUACUGCAUUAGAAAGUUUGAAAAAAUUUGUUACUGCGGUAAUUGAUGUUUUCUCUGAAGAAUACUUGAGAAAGCCAAACAAUGAAGACAUUGCUAGACUGUUAGCUCACGGCGAACGUCGAGGUUUUCCAGAGCGAUCUCAUGUAUUUAAUGAAUUGGCUGAAGGACGUGCUCCUACAAUACAGUACUCAAUUAAUGGUCAUGACUACACUAUGGGAUACUACCUUGCUGAUGGUAUAUAUCCAAAGUGGGCAACAUUUGUGAAAACAAUCCCAGCUCCACAAGGACAUAAGUAUAAAUUAUUUGCAGCAGCCCAAGAGGCGUAUAGGAAGGAUGUUGAGCGUGCAUUUGGAGUGCUUCAAGCACGUUUCGCAAUUGUCCAUGGACCUGCACGGUUUUUUCAUCUUGAAACACUCAAAAAGAUCAUGAAAGCGUGCAUAAUUCUCCAUAAUAUGAUUGUUGAAGAUGAGCGAUAA